GAGUUCUUUUUCUUAUUUUAAAAAUAAAUUCUUAUUCGAUUUUUGAAUAGUUUUCUAUCAUAAAGUUCUCGUUUUCAUUCUUUGCACUACAUUUUUAGCUCUUGUUCUUCACUUUUUUUUAAAAUCUCUAUAAUGGAUCCUAUUGCAAUUUUACAAAAUAGAAUCGAACAAUUAGAAGCGAAAUUGGGUUUAGCGCUAAAUAACCCAGCUGAUGGUCAACAAGAGGAUUCGGCCACUACUAAUUUAUUGAACACAGCUCAGUCAAUAAAUAAUGCCACAGCUGGUCAUGAGAAACUUUCCGAAGGCAUGCAAAGAGCCACCGAAUUAAACAACUACACCGAUCCUAAUUACGUUGAGAAUAUGCAGCAGAACAAUUUGAAAAUGCAAGAAGUGGCAGCCGCGGAACCAGUUAUCAGACAUCACUGUCACUGCAUGCAUCGCUGUAAACAGGCUGCUCCUGUAUUGGAAUCUGAGGCUAUUCAACAAGUUCCUCAAUUGCAAAAAACCGUUGACAAAAUGCAAGCAGAAGCUGCAGAAGUAAAGGCUGAUUCUGAUGCGGUGUCACAAGGAAUUCAGGAAGUGGCAGAGACCUGUGGCUCCGCAGCAUCCAAGGCUGCCGAAGGCCUGGCUGAAGUAGCUCAGAAAGUGGAGGAAGUUGAAGUUAAAACAUUCCCUAAACGAAGAAAUGGCUUAGACUAAUAUUUGCGUGUAUAAUUGCUUAACAGUUGUGAUGUUCAUUAUUUCCAUCAGUAAAUUAUAAAGUAUUCAAGCGUCAUAAA